AGUGGGAGGAAGAUUCGAUUAAGAAGAUUAAACAAACGGCCGAAGAAUGCAGACAAAUGGUCAUCGAACAUAGCAGUACGCACUUUAUUGAAAUAGAAAACAACCUGUUGCAAUUAACUGAACGCUUAAAACAAAUUCGUAAAGAAAAUGAAUUUAAUGAAGCUGAUUUAAAUAUAUUUAAAACACAAUUAAUGAAAAUAGCAGAAGAACUUGAUGAAUCACCAAAUAUUAAAAUUGAGUACGAUUCUGGAUCCUUUAUAGAUAAAAUUUCAAUUCUUGUUUCACCUGUGAUUGCCAAUAUUCAUGUCAAUGCUACAUGGAAACCUAAUGGGAUGACUGUUGCCGGAGGUAAUGGACCUGGCAGUGCCACUAAUCAACUCACACGCCCUAUGGGUAUCUUCGUUGAUGAUGAUGAUCAGACGAUUGUUAUUGCUGACUGCGCCAACGAUCGUAUCAUUCAAUGGAAGAUAGGUGAUACGAAUGGACAAGUCGUAGCUGGUGGAAAGGGCUAUGGAAAUGGUUUAGAUCAAGUGGAAUUACCAAAGCAUGUGCUCAUUGACAAAGAGACUAAUAGUCUCAUUAUUCUUGGGAGUGGCUUUGGACGAAUCUUUCGAUGGUCUCGUCGCAGUGGAACGAGACAAGGUGAAAUCCUCUUUGACAAGGCUCAAGGUUCUGGAUUAGCCAUGGAUGAUCAGAGAUAUGUUUACGUGUCUUAUUUCGACGAAGUAAGACGAUAUCAACUAGGAAAAAAAACCAUGGAUGGAACUCUUGUAGCUGGCGGAAAUGGUGAAGGUUCUGGCCUCAACCAAUUCAAAACAUCACUCUACAUAUUUGUUGAUCGACAACAAGCUGUGUACAUCUCAGACGACCAGAAUCAUCGUGUCAUGAAAUGGAAUAAAGGUGCAAAAGAAGGCGUUGUCGUCGCUGGAGGUCAAGGGUCAGGGAAUUCUCUGACACAAUUGUCAUCUCCUCGUGGACUUUUCGUUGAUCACUUGGGUACUCUCUAUGUAGUAGAAGCGGGAAAUAAUCGUGUAACACGUUGGCCUCAAGGAGCAAAACAAGGCACUAUCGUUGUUGGUGAAGAUGCUCAGUUGUCUGAACCCGAAGGUUUGUUCUUCGAUCGUCAAGGCAAUUUCUAUGUUGCCGAUUGUGGUAAUCAUCGUGUUCAACGUUUUUCUAUCUAA